AUGGAGUACUCUCAUAACUAUCUAGUACUCACCAUAUUCCUUUCCUCUCUUCUACUCUUCUACUCUGCAGAGGCCGCCUGUGUGCCUCGCAAUAAUUUGGAGCACUUCUGUCAUGAUUCUAAUUUAACCCCUCCACCUCCACCACCUUCACAGUCUGCAACAUCUCCUUCACCUUCACAACCCACCCCAUCAUCUCCCCCCCAUUCACAGCCUGCAAAAUCUCCUUCACCUUCACGUUCACAACCAACCCCAUCACCUCCAUCUCCUCCUUCAAAGCCCACAACAUCUCCUUCGCCUUCACACUCAACCCCAUCACCUCCAUCUCCACCUUCACAGCCCACAGCAUCUCCUCCAGCUCAACAGCCCGCCCCAACGCCUUCACCUUCAGAGACUACUCUGACGAUCGCACUGACUCCUUCUGGCUCACCUUCUUCGGCCUCGUUUGAUGCCUCUACUAUACCCAAGACAAUAGAUCCAGCUAUCAUAAAGAUGUGCAACGCCGUUGACUACCCUGAGCUCUGUCUCUCCUCCAUCACUCCCUACUUAACAGAGAAGACGGAUCCAGUUUCAGUCCUCGAAAUGCUAAUAAAAGCUUGCAACCAUGAUGCAGAAGCUGCACUGAACCGGUCCAUAGAGAUCAUCCACGACCCCAAAUCCUCCUCUCAGCUUUCUACCUACAUGGACGUGUGUAGAGAAAGCUAUGCCGACGCAGUAGACAACCUUCAAACCGCAAUGAACGCAAUCCCAGAUCGUGACAUAGGCACAAUAAACUCCAUGCUGAGCGCGGCGUCGACAGAUUUUGGAACUUGCGACGAUGCGUUUGCGGAGAUCCCUCAAGUGACAGCACCCAUGGCCGAGGUUGAUGAUAAGCUGAUUAAGCAAGCAAGCAAUUGUCUGGCUAUCACUAGUAUGGUCUAG